AAGUUGCGGCGGCGGGGCGGGAAGCGAAGCGGCAGGGGGUCUGUGUGGGGUGCGUGUGUCCGCCCGGGGCGCGCUCCUAGCGCGGGGCUGCACGCGCCCGCCCGCCCGCGGGAAGUCCGUCGGCAGCAGGCGGGGUACAGGCGGGCACCGCUGGGCCAGAGCUGCGAAGCCAGGAGAUGGCUACAAAGCAGCGGGACAGGCAGCCCCGGAGUCUCCAGGUGCUCGCUCCGCUGGUGCCGAGGGAGCCAGUGAAGGGGAGAGGAAGGGAAGGUCCCCCAGGCCGGAAGCGAAGGAAGGGCCUGGAGAGGGAAGGGAAAGGCCCGGGUGGGCUGACCUCCCUCUCCGUCACUCCCCAGUGGUCCCCACCCAGCCCGCAACAGGUGAGGCCUGAGCAGCGUGACAGGGUGCCCCAGAGCUGGGGAGACCGGCGGCAGGAGGAGCUGCGGACCCCGAGGCCUCCUCCCCAGGCUGUGUCGGCGUCAGUGCCAGUAUCAAACACACCACCAGCACUACACUUGGUCCCAGAGGACAACAUUGAGGCCUGCCUGACUUCCUUUGAGCGAGUAGCUGAAGCCUGCCGGUGGCCCAAAGGCAAGUGGGUGACCCAACUAACACCCUCCCUUAAUGGAGAAGCCCAGCAGGCUGUGAGCAGCCUGGAUGCCACGGACAUGGGGGACUAUAAGAAGGUGAAGGCAGCCAUCCUCCAAGAGCGUGGCAUCAGCACAAACAUGCAGCGCUUGCGCUUCCGGCGGUUUCGUUACCAGGAGGCCGAGGGGCCCCGUGAGGCUUACUGCCGGCUCUGGGAGCUCUCCCAUCAAUGGCUGAAGCCUGAGGUCCGCACCAAGGAGCAGAUCAUGGAGCUGCUGAUCCUGGAGCAGUUCCUCAUUAUUCUGCCGGAGGAAAUCCAGACCUGGGUUUCUGAGCAUUGCCCUGAGACCUGUGCCCAAGCAGUGUCCCUGGCAGAAGAUUUCCAGGUCACAGUGCAUGUGAAGGUUGAGGAAGUGACAGAGGAAAUGGAGACCUGUAAGACAUGGGAAUCUCAGACACUCCAGAUGGAGCAGCCACAACCCAAUCUCAGGUGGACGUCCCAGGAGGAGACAGGAUUGAGGAAGUGUGAGCAACCUUGUAAACUUGGAAGAAGGCCACACAUUCUACAAGAAAUAUGUGCUGAAAUCCUGAGCAGACCUGAGAGGCAGCCUCAUGAGGAAGGACCUCUAAUCUUGCAACCACCCAGCACAUCUCCAGUGGAACUGGAACAGAGUGUUAACCAAAAACUGGGUUGGGAAGAAGCCUGCAAAAGGCAAAAAGAACCCCAAACAGGGAAUGAGGCAGACCCCCUGGUGGAAUGUGAGAGUGUACUCAAGAAAUUAACACAGCACCCUGUGCUGGGGAGACCCCAGAUCACAGAAAAACUGAAAAGCCAUGAGGGAGGUGUUCACAGGUUGGAGAAACCCCACAGGUGCAGGGACUGUGGGGAAAGCUUUCUGGAGAAGCAGGAACUCGUGGCUCAUGGCAGAGUCCAUGAGAAGGACAGACCUUACCCAUGCACUGAGUGUGGGAAGAGCUUUAAUAGGCUCACACACCUCAAGACCCACCAUCGGACCCACACUGGGGAGAAACCCUACUCCUGCAGUGAGUGUGGGAAGUGCUUUGGCCACCUUUCUACACUCAUUACCCACCAGAGACUCCACACAGGAGAGAGACCCUACCCCUGCAGGGAGUGUGGGAAAACCUUCACAAAUCCCUCAGAUCUAAACAAACACCAGCGCUCCCACACGGGUGAACGGCCCUACCCCUGCACUGCCUGCGGGAAGCGCUUCAGCCAGCUCUCUAACCUGACCGUGCACCAGAGGACGCAUACACAGGACAAGCCCUAUCCUUGCGCUGCCUGCGGCAAGAGCUUCAAGUACCUGGCCUACCUUGCUAUUCAUGAGCGCUCCCACACCGGGGAGCGGCCUUUCCCCUGCCCAGAGUGUGGGAAGGACUUCAGCAACAAGUCAUCUCUUGCCCGGCAUCUGAGAAUCCAUGUCAGAGCCACAGACAAGUGAGACCUUCCCAGCUGUGGACGUGUCUCCAGUGGAAUGUGCAUAAUACUGCUAAAAAGAGUAUCAGAAAUUGCUGCUGAAGAGCCUGGGAGAAAUCCAUCCCCUUCUUCCUUCCUUAUAAUACUAGCACUCCUAAUACUACCAUGGGGGAUGUAUGAGGAGGGGCUUCACCUCAUUCUUCUGAGGUGUCCCAGUUCCUGAAAACCUACUGCUGUGACUGGCAAUUCCCUGCUUUCACCAGUGGUGAGAGAGCCUUUCUCAAGUAUUGCUUUCUCUGAAAAGUGUACUUGUGUUUGAUCUUAAAUGUUGCUGCUAACAUGAGCCCCAUCCACACACACAGUCAAGUACACCGGUUCUUUAAGUCUAAUUAGCUGGCUGAACCUCAACUGACCACAAACUUUCAGCAGUUAACACAACCACUAGGAGUGUUUCUAGUUCUCCAGAGCCUUCCCAGAAUGUGCGUAUAGACAUUAGACAAGUUCUGCAGUUCACUGUGAAUGAAUUUACAGAGCAUGGGUGAGUGCGCCACUAGUGCAGGCAAGGUAAUAUGAAUGUUAUUUGGUGGUAUGAGUGCUCUCACUUCAGCAAGGCUAUCUGGAGAGGAGUUACGAUGAGUGCAGAUAACUUGGAAGGAAUGCUUCAGUGAAGAUACGGAGGAAGCAGUCCUAGGAAGAACACUUCCAGAGGAAGGUGCUGAACCAGCUCUGUCCCCUUUCUCCUGCCAACCAGAUUUGCCUGUGCAGCUAUGCACAGCAACAAUCUCCCACAUACUGUCCUCUUUCUAGGAGGAACCCAGCUGCACUAGAAUUUUUACAGCCUUCUGACAUCAUUCCCUAGCUAUCCCCACUGAUCAUGACCUGUUUGCUUCAUUUACUUCAUGACCAUUCCUGCUGACUCCUAUCCCAGAUUUAGUUACCUACGUUCACUAUGUAUUAAUCUGUCUGUACUCAUUGCCCCAUGGAUUUUUUGCUUCUGCUCUGUUGCUGCUUUGUUAACUUGCCUCAGUGUGUUGCACCAACUGUGCUGUACAGUUGCUUGGGAGCUCAGCUCCCCACCAGCACAAUGACUUGAUCAAUUUAAUCUGUUCAAGAUAUUGUGAUUAUAUAGAUACUGACUCUACUGUUGUCCACAUAGACUCCUUAAGGCAUGCUGAGACUCUAUGGACACUGGAAUCAGUACAUGAGGAGCUUGUUGCAAGAGUGGGGCUUUUGUUUUUAAACUUCUGACCUACCUACCUCAUUGGUUUUCUUUUGCAUUUUGGAUAUUUUUAGUUCUUUCCUGCUGUCUUGACAAACAAGGUGGGGAGGUAGCUGUUCUGUUCAUUUCAGUCACUGCUCUGCUAGCUUAAUUAGCUUUCUCUUAACAGUCUUUCAACACAGUUCAACCUGUUCUGUUGUUGUUUGCAUGCUUAGCUUUUGUUUUGUUUUAUGGGAGGAAAUGGGGCCAGAGUGGUGGUAGCAAGAGUAUAGCACAAGACAGGGUAGGUUUGAACCUUAUAGACUGACUAAAUCAGGUAUAUAUACAAUAUAAGCUUUAAUGAGCUGGAGCUCACUUCAUCAGCAGCUGUGAAAAGAUGUGAAGAGAGCAGUGCAUCAACUGGAUGAGAGCAAUCUGUAUACCAAAGGCAGGGAGGGAAGGAAGGGAAGGGGGCCAGUGCUGGGAGAGGCAAACAAGCAAGCAGUAAAUGAAUAGGAACAAAAGGGUCACAAACAGAAAAUGCAUUAGGAUGUAUGAUGACAUUGGGUAGAAUUCUGUUCCUUUUGUAGUCUUCUAAGUAUCUAGAUUUGGUUGUCUUUACAUGCCAAAAAUGCCAUUUAUGUGAAGGUUAGAAUUCUGUUCCAGGUCAUGUAGCCCUCUAUAUGUGGAUGACAAUGCAUGGUUAGGUACAUACACAAACUGGGCAUACAUAUUAGUAGCAAAGGCGCAUAUGCAUGCUCCUUAUAGAUGUAUAACAGCCUUAUAUGCCCCCAAAUGAAGUUAGGCAAAACCCAUGACUACAGGGCUUAGACUCAGAAAUGUAAAAAAGUUGUGUUUGUGCAUCUUUACUCUCCCACAAAAGCUCAGUGGCUAGGGCAUUCAUUUGGAAAACUGAAGGUCCUGAAGUAUAGGCCCUCCACACCUAGAGAUGUUUGGAACCUGGGUUUAUCUCACUUCUCAGCACAGUGCUCUAACCACCAUACCGCAGGUCAGUCAUUAUCCAGAUCUCCCUAUGGCAGCCCUUUUUAAUGGAGACAUUAAUAUAGUAAUUGGAAAAAAAAAUGGAUAGAGGAUAGUAAAUGCAGGAAGCUUUCGCCUCAGUAAAAACAGUGUCCCAGGCUAGAACCCAGAAACAUCCCCCUUUCCAGGCCAGCAGCUACUUCACAGAUCCAUAUAGUUUUUGGCUUGCUCCCUUCCUCCUGGCCCCACAUAUCUCCCGUAUACUUCCCUCUUGUGGCUGCCCAGGAAGCCAGAGAAAAUCUGGAUAUAAUGGCUGACCUCUGACAUAUUGGUUAUGGAGUUGUGCUAGGAGGUCAGACAGCUUCAUAUUCAAACCCCCUUUAGGCAAAGGUGACUAUUCUAGCUACACAACUAUUGGGGGAAAAAAUGGGAGGCUGCUCUUUCUCUCAUACUUUGUUGCCUAGGCAACAUAUUUAUGUAUUUAUCCAUGCAUGCAGGACUAUGUGCCCAGAAAUGACAUCCCAUCCUAUGCAUAAGCGGCAUUUCUGGGACUUAGACAUCCAUGGGAACAACUAAAUCUAGCUGCUUAGAUGGCAAGACAAGAUUAGAUCCCUUCCAUUGUGCUUUUGGUACCAUGCAAUUCAGGAAAACCUUUGUAUCCGUCUCCAUCUAUAGCCACAUACCAGCCAGCCUUUCUCUUCCUAGCUCAGCCACCUGCACAUGAUAAGGAACCUAAUACACUAGAGAGGCAAUUUCUGUAUUACAUAAUUUAUAUUGGUGAUUGAAGAGAUCCAUGAACAGAAGAAGUAUUUCACUUGCUUGUUAGGGAAGCAACACUUGGAGUAAGUCACCACAAUAUAGGUGUAAGACCAAGGUAGGGAGCACUGAUAAAGGGCCAAUAUGUUUAUAUAUAGGCUGACUGCCUAGGAGAGUCACUCACACUUUAGAUCAGGUUCUUGCAGUCCAAAUUUCCUUCUUUUCUGUACAGAUAUCAUUACUCUGUAUGUUGGUACGCAGCCAAAAAAAAAUCAUAAUUUGAACUCCAACUUUUAGUCCAUUUUAUGAGUCCCAUGGUUGUGACUGUAAAUGUCUUUUCUUGCAACUCCAGAAAGGGCUCAGUCCUUAUCUGUAGUAGGAAACUGAGGACCUGUUGGUGCAAUUCUGCCAGCAUUAGCAACAGUAGAACCUGUUCUAUGGGCAGGACUCGAGUAUUAUCACCUCUAUGUCACUCAGCCCUAGCCAGUAGGGAAGCUAUGGACUAAAUUUCCAAUUUCCAGAUAUUAAUGGGAGAAGCCCAGCAUAAGAGAUCUUUUCAAGCCUCAUCUGAGAUUUGAUGUCAUAGCUCCAAUAAAAAUAGAAGAAAAAGAGAAGAAUUCAAGUCUAUCUCAGCCAUUACCAAAUCCAGUCCUUCAAGGAUAUUGUCAACUUAACACAGUCUGGCAUCAAGCAUAGGAAAGGUGUGGGUUCCAUCUCUUACACCUACCAGCAGAGGUCCAAAAUUCCCCUAGUGGGGAGGGCAUUGAAACUAUGCUAUGCCUUUGCUGACAAAAAAACAUGUUUUUACUAUGGGCAGGUGAUAACAUUGCUAACAUCAUCUAGCUACCUCAUGUUAAGCCCUACAAAUGCUUUGUCCUCACAUAGGAUUUUACAGUAAAAAAAACAACCUAAUGUGCAGUUGUUACCUUGCUAUAAAAACACAAAAUGCCAAAUCACUUUUGUGUCAAUGAAGACACAGAAACCUAGGACUGGAAGGGGCCUCCUGGGCCAUUAAGUCUAGUCUCCUGCAGUCACAGUCACUUCUUAAUUGAAAUUAUUCCUAAAAUUACCACUUCAGAUCCUCAACUAAAGCUGCAGGAAAAAAAUCUGAAGAAAAAAAAUAGCAUAAACCAAAAAAACCAAACAAACAACCCCCCCACACACACACACUAUAACAGGCUAUAGAUAGGAUGACCAUACAUCCUGGAUUUCCUCGGACACUCCCAGAUUUUGGAGGCCAGUCAUAGAUGCAUUCAUAAAUGCUAGGGUCAGACGGGACCUCAACAGAUCAUCAAGUCCGACCCCCUGCCUAGGCAGGAACGAGUGCUAGGAUCAGAUGACCCCAGCCAGAUGCCUAUCCAGCCUUCUCUUAAAGACCUUCAAGGUAGGGGAGAGAACCACCUCCCUUGGAAGCCCAUUCAAAUUUUGGCCACCCUUACCGUGAAGAAGUUUUUCCUGAUAUCUAGCCUAAAUCUGCUCUCUGUCAGUUUGUAACCAUUGUUCCUUGUUACCCCAAAAGGUGCCCUAGUGAACAGCAUCUCCGAUCAGUGGUUCUGCUAUGACACUGACCAAUUCCUUCAGUACCCUCAGAUGCAGCUCAUCUGGGCCUGCUGACCUGAACACAUCCAGUCCAUCCAAGUGACUCUGCACCAAGUCAGUGUCAACAGUUGGUGGGCUGGUGUCCCUCUGAUGUCGAUCUAACAGCCCAUUAGGAGACUUAUCUUGAUCCCUGUUCAGGAACACCAAAGCAAAAAACUCAUUGAAUAGCUCAGCCUUGUCCCCCCUGUCUGUCACUAAUUGCUCCUUCUUGUUUAAUAGGGGUCUUAUGCUGCUCUACGCCUUCCUUUUACUCCCUAGAUACCUAAAAAAAAGACUUUUUGGUGUCUUUCUGUGUUGCCAGCCUCAGCUCUAGUUGCUUUGGCUUUUCUAACUGCUUCCCUGCAAGUGCGGGCCAGGUAGGUAUACUCCUCCUUGGUAGCUUCCCCCUGCUUCCACCACCUGUAUGCCUCCUUUUUUGCCCUUAGACUCCCCUGGAUUUCCCUGUUUAGCCAAGGAAUUUUUUUUGCUCCUUCCCCCUUUUCCCUUGUACUGGGAUAGUCUCCCUCUGCGCCCAAAGGAUCGAUUCCUUUAGAAAUGACCUCCCAACAUGGACUCCCAUCUCACCAAUACUCUUCUCCUGCAGUGCAUCAUUGGCUAGACUCCUAAGCACACUCAAGUCAGCCUUCCUAAAUUCAAGCGCUUCCACCCUACUAGUUAUCUUACCCACCCUAUGCCAUAUGGUGAAUUCGAUUGAUUGGUGGUUGCUGUACCCAAGGUGACCAUGAAUCUGCAGCUCCCCUACCAGGUCUUCCCCCGUAGCCAACACCAAGUCCAGUAAGGCAUUCCCCCUAGUGGGACUCUAUACCUCCUGCGUUAGGUGAAGUCCUGCAUGCAGGUUAAGAACCUACAUGAACAGUUGGAUUUGGCUGACUGCUCCUCCCAGCAGAUGUCAGACUAGUUUACGUCCCCCAUGACAACCACGUCCCUAAACUGUACGGCCUCUGAGAGCUGCCUCAAGAAUUCCAAGUCUAGCUUUUCCUCUUGGUGUGGUGGCCUGUAGCAGACCCCCACCACUAAGUCCCUUUCCCCUCAACCUACAUGCAUCCUAACCCACAAUGCCUCAGCUUUCUCCUCUGAUCCCAUUUCAAUUAGGGUAGAUGUAUAAUGCUCCUUUACAUAGAGAGCAACCCUGCCCCCUUUCCUCCCUACUCUGUCCCUUCUGUACAACCUGUAGCCCUCAAUGUGUACUGCCUGGUGGAGAAAAUUCAAAUUUGCAUUCUUAGGGACAGAACAAGGAGGCAGAGCUGCAGGAACUGAAAUAUGAAGCCCUAGCAGACAACAAAAUUGCCCUAAAAUAGGUUAGCUUGAUUAGUGGAAUGACCAUUAACACUAAUAUGUGUUGCUUCACAGGUGACUGUUGACACCUGUGAAGUACAGAACAAUGGGUUCAUUAAUGGGCCAUUGACUCCCUGAAGCCUGCAGCAGCUGGGGGGGUGGAGGGGUAGUGUCCUGGAUUUCACUGUUCAUAUGGUCACCCUAGCUAUAAGUCAGGGGUGUCAAACUCAUCUAGCUUCAUGGGCCACAUAAGCAGCAUAGGGGUCCCCAAAGGACAGAUCCAGAGCAUAGAGCCAAUCCAUGGGCCAGAUCCAGAGCACAGAGCUAUGUCAUCUGGUUUACCAGGUCAAUGUUACUUACUGGGGCUCUCAGAGCCUCAACAGCCACUGCUCACCUCACUACCAAAUUCCUGGCCAAUGCUCAGCCUACCAGGCCAGAUGACAUUGUUCCACACUCCAAAUCUGGCCUGUGGGGCUGGAAAUGUAUUGGUGGAAGGAGCAGUGGCUGCUGCAGCUUCAGGAACUGCAACCAUUAAUGGUGCCGCAACUUGCCCUACCACCAAAUUUCCAGCUCCACAGGCCAGCUGACAGCUCUGCAUGCUGGAUCUACCCACAGGCUGUACUUUUGGCACUUCUGCCAUAAGUAAAAGCAAGGGAGACAAGGACACUGCCAAUGCCCUCUCCCUGCAACUGCAGGAAAAUCUCUCUUUAUAUAUAUGUUCUGAAAAGCCUAGGAAAAGGAGCAAGGACUUUGAACUUCUGGGAUUUUAUAUUACUAGCAGGAGCAUCAGUGUACUUUAUUUAGUCAAAAAGAAAACAAACAAACAGCCUUAACUUUGGCCAACAUCCCAAACUUCAGGAGUGUUUAACAGUGUGAGUCCAGAAAAGUACUUGAAACUGGCCACAGUCAGAAGAAAGAGGCACAUAUGUAUUUCACUUUUCUUUGGCAAAGCACCAAAAGCCUGUAAUGAACAAAUGAAGGAAUGAUGAAAUCAGGUUAUCAAAGAAACUCUCCUGUCCAUCAGUAUGGUGCCUGAUGAAAGCCCACUGCAGUAGGCUAAGCCCUCAGAUAAGGUUAAGACUGAGUUUAAGGUGAAAUGACUGUACAGAUUCUAGAUUCAGCCAUAUCAGAGGUGAAAGCUGAUGGCCAUUUUACUGUGGAAUAUAGAUGUAAAAACUGAGAUUGGACAUUGAAAUACUGGAUCACUGACCUUCCUUACCUGCUGUUGUGAACCAGCAAACUUGGCAGAACAGUGCCAGAGUGCUGACCCUUCCCCUCCAUGUGCUGCUCAGGGUGGGAAGGCUGUGGUGUUGUAAGGAGUGACCUAGAAACCACUACUCAGAGAUGAAACAGAAGAGAAUGUUAUGUGACGAAUGCCCAUCUGCGAUGAUAAGUAGGAGACAGUCCUAGAUAAAGGGGGCUUGAAAACAAAAGCAAGAAGCAAAGUACUGGGGUAAAGGGCUCAUUAAAAUACUAAAAAUCACGCCCCUAGGUGGGGAAAAAGUAUGCUAAUGAAACAUACAUGUAUGUAAAUGAGAUACAUGGCUAAAACACAGGUAUAGAGACAUGCUCUGUAAAGAACUCCUUGCGUCACUCCUUUAUAACCAUUCAGCAAACAAGGAUGCUUAUGAAGGCUCAAAAACUCCUGUAUAAAAGAUGCUUAGAAAUAGUUAUCUGGUGUGCUUGUUACGUGAAAUAUUCCGCUCGCACCUUUUAUUGCUAGCAAUAAACCUUCUUUGUACUUUCA